CCGGAUCCCAAUAGGAUCACUGUCCUGUAGCCAUCUGGCCUGACCCUGUCACAUAUAGUACUAACACUUCUCUGUCUCUACUAGAAAUCCCUCACGUGAUGCAUCCUAGGACUGCAUUAGCCUUCUUCACGGCCGUAUCAUAUUGGUGUGAUGAUGUAUCCAUAAUUGCAGAUGCUGGCACUCUGUUAUAGUGAGAGAAUUGGGUGCUCUUUCUUGUGUAUGCCUGAUGUGAUUUUCUACAGGGACAAAGUCAUCCUGCAUAUAUAUUCCUGUUCUUUCUGAGUUUUGAAAGUAAUCGUCUUCGAGUGAUGGUCCCUAUGUGUAUUCCAUACGUGGGUGUGCAUGUGCACCAUGUGCCUGAUUCCGGAAGUGUUUCUUAGCAGUGCCUGUUAUCCUGCACAUGUGCAGUGCAUCUCCUCAUGCUCUCAGCCGAGGGUAUAAGAGGUAGUAUGGGUCGAUGCCUUCCCGUUCCCUCUUACUGCCACAUGGCCUGAGUUGGGACCCGCUGUUCCUUUGUGCUUUUAAUCUGCUAAGAGAGUUAUUCUUGUUUGUAUGUAGAUAUUUUUACAGUUAGUAAGUUAUGUUUGCCUAGUGUAGUAGUUCUUUUUUCCCGUUCAGGGACCGCCCCCUCCUCCCGGGUACUAUGCCCAGGAUCCUGGGCUUCAGAAACUCUCUCCUGCCUGUGCUCUUUCUCCCUGAGCAUGCUGCACCAUCUGUAAGUCUUUCCUGCCCAGGACUAGGGAAGUCUGCGAGCUCUGCCUUCACAAAUACCUUAUGCAGCCCCAGGUGUCUUCGGAUCCUGUCCCAGGAGACCCACCUGUACAGCGGCCACUACUGGUGGUGAGCGUCCCUCUGAGCUCUGUGUAUGGCUCGGAACCGGCUGUACUGAAUGUCAAGGACAGGUCCUGGCAUGAGAGCAAAAAACACUCACUGGCAGAAGAGCAGAUCUCCACAGAGGACUGCUCACAAGUGCAGCAUUUCCUCCCUGAGCCAGGUUGGGUGAGAUGUGGUGUGCAGAUCUGGCCAGACCGGCACCCAAGAUCCCACAGAUGGAGGACAAGGCCAAGCACAAAUGGGAUCUGGCAGUACCAAUGAUCAUCUUGGCACCCAAGUUUCCAGAAUGCUCACCAGCAUGCGCAACACCACCUGCUCUGCCAGUGCCCAUGCACCUGCCAGACAGACCGGCCACAUAGACUCCACCAGGCUACUCAGGUGUUUCUCUCAGCAUUUCGCGGGUCCCUGGCUGCAUGGAGACAUUCCUGAUGACAGAGGAGUUAAUUCUUUCCUAUAUGGAAUACAGACAGGGACCACAUAUCUUGAAGAAUCUCCAGUUACAGGAAUCCAUCUGUGACCAUUGCUACCACUCGUCUGGCUCCUUCAGGUGUAAGUUGGGCUGAUAAGGUGAAAGCUAACCAUGGAGCUAAAGCUGCCACUCCAGAGCUAGCAACUACACAAACCUGCAUGCCAACACCAGUGCAGAAGUCAUCACGGAGAAAUGAACAGAUGCUGGCUGAACAUCCCAGGAGACGGAAGAAAUUCUUACUUCAUAGGAGCAAGAAAAGAGAAAGAAAGGAUGCAGAAGGAUGGGAAACAGUUCAGCGUGGAAGGCCUAUUCGAUCUCGAUCUACAGCUGUAGCGACAAAAACUCCUGUAGCUGCAGAAUUGCUAAGAGCUAAAGAUGACAGUGACAAAGAAAAUGUAGUCUUCAGAUCAUCAGAAAGUAAACAGAAGAAUUCAUUUGAUGAAGAUAGUGCAUCCAAAAAUAUAGAACCUCUGCAGAAAGAUUCUUUAUAUCUGAGUGAGCAUCCUCUUGCUGAAAGGACUCAGUUCACAGCACACACACUAGAAGAUACCAGAAACACUGGCAACGUGGUUUUACAGGACAGUUCUUGCUUACAAACACCUUCUGAAAUGCCUGCAGUUGUCAUAGACACUGAACUUACUUCAGAAAGUCUACAGAUUGAUGAAUCUCCCUCCCUGAUCUCUGGUAGUAAAGAACAACAUGAAGCAUUAAAAAACAAGAUAGAAAGUGAAAUGGACCCCUCAGACAUUUCAAAUGUGAGUGCUGCCAGAUUGUCUAUGGCAGAAGUCCUUGCUAAAAAAGAAGAGUUAGCAGAUCGCCUGGAAAAGGCCAAUGAAGAAGCAAUAGCUAGUGCCAUUGCAGAAGAGGAGCAGUUAACUAGAGAGAUUGAAGCAGAAGAAAACAAUGACAUUAACAUUGAGACUGACAAUGAUAGUGAUUUUUCUGCUAGCAUGGGCAGUGGAAGUAUAUCUUUCUGUGGCGUGUCUAUGGACUGGAAUGAUGUCCUGGCUGAUUAUGAAGCUCGUGAAUCAUGGCGUCAAAAUAAUUCAUGGGGUGAUAUAGUGGAAGAAGAACCUGCACGUCCACCAGGCCAUGGAAUACAUAUGCAUGAGAAACUCUCUUCACCAUCUCGCAAAAGAACAAUAGCAGAAUCUAAAAAGAAACAUGAGGAGAAACAGAUGAAAGCUCAACAGCUGAGAGAAAAGUUACGCGAAGAGAAAACGCUAAAGCUUCAAAAACUGAUAGAGCGGGAGAAAGAUGUGCGAAAGUGGAAAGAAGAAUUACUGGACCAGAGACGCAGGAUGAUGGAGGAAAAAUUACUCCAUGCUGAAUUUAAACGUGAAGUGCAGUUACAAGCAAUUGUGAAAAAAGCACAAGAGGAAGAAGCAAAGGUAAAUGAAAUUGCAUUUAUAAACACCUUAGAAGCCCAAAAUAAACGUCAUGAUGUAUUGUCCAAACUAAAAGAGUAUGAACAAAGACUAAAUGAAUUACAGGAAGAACGCCAACGGAGGCAGGAAGAAAAGCAAGCACGUGAUGAAGCUGUUCAGGAGCGUAAAAGAGCUCUGGAAGCAGAACGCCAAGCCCGGGUUGAAGAGCUGCUGAUGAAGAGGAAAGAACAAGAAGCUCGGAUUGAACAGCAGCGGCAGGAGAAAGAGAAAGCACGGGAAGAUGCAGCACGGGAAAGGGCCAGAGAUCGAGAGGAGAGGCUGGCAGCUCUCACUGCAGCUCAACAAGAAGCAAUGGAGGAGCUACAGAAAAAGAUUCAGCUGAAGCAUGACGAAAGCAUUCGGAGACACAUGGAACAAAUUGAACAAAGGAAAGAAAAGGCAGCUGAAUUAAGCAGUGGCAGACAUGCUAAUACUGAUUAUGCACCUAAACUUACACCAUAUGAACGAAAAAAGCAGUGUUCAUUAUGCAAUGUCUUGAUUUCCUCAGAGGUAUAUCUUUUUAGCCACAUCAAGGGGAAAAAACACCAACAAGCAGUGAGAGAAAAUAGCAGCAUCCAAGGACGAGAGCUUUCAGAUGAAGAAGUGGAGCACCUGUCAUUGAAGAAGUACAUUGUUGAUAUUGUGAUUGAAAGCUCUGUCCCAGCAGAACCUUUAAAAGAUGGAGAGGAGAAGCAAAAAACUAAAAAGAAGGCAAAAAAGUUGAAGGCACGGAUGAACUCCAGGGCUAAAGAAUAUGAAAGUUUAUUGGAAGCAAAAAAUGCCACCUCUGAAUCACCAUACAAAGCAAAGCUGCAGCGAUUAGCAAAAGAUCUUCUAAAGCAGUUCCAAGUACAGGAUAGCAGUUCAUUGGCAAACAACAAGGUUUCUGCUCUGGACAGGACUUUAGGAGAGAUUUCUCGUAUUCUGGAAAAGGAGAAUGCAGCAGAUCAGAUAGCAUUCCGGGUUGCAGGAGGACUCUCAGCCCUUGAACACAUUCUUCAAGUAGUGAUUUCUUCCACAAAUCUGAAUGCAGUUUCACGGAUUCCUCCCAAGUCACUCUGCAGUGCCGUGAAUGUUUACAACCUGACCUGCAGUAAUUGCACAGAAAACUGCACCUAUGUUCUGUUUAGUAAUAAGAUCACUUUUUUAAUGGAUCUGUUGAUGCAUCAGUUAACGGUUUGUGUUCCAGAUGAAUAUAAUGCAAUAUUAGGAAGAAGUGCAAAUAAGCAAGUAUUUGAAGGCUUAACAACUGGGCUUCUCAGAAUCAUUGCUGUGGUCUUUAGGUGUCUGAUUUCCAGUCUACCAGAUGUAAACAAUCAGCCCACUGCACCCAAAAUAAUACAAGAAGUGAAAAACAAGCCCUCAAAAGUUGAGGCCUUUAACACCAGGGUUCAGGACCUGAUCAGUUAUGUGGUGAAUAUAGGAUUGAUAGACAAAUUAUGCUGCUGUUUCCUCUCCGUCCAAGGUCCUGUUGAUGACAAUUCAAAAAUAGCUACUUUUCUGCAAAAUGCUACAGCAGUGUUACAUGGAAUGUGUCAGCUCUGUUUUGCUGUCAAUGGAAGGUCCUGGACCAUAUUUGACAAUACACAUCAGGAUCCCACAGGACUAACUGCAGUUCUUCAAACUACAGAUCUAGUUGGAGUCUUGCAUAUGCUGUACUGUAUUCUUUUCCAUGGCACAAUCUCAGACUCAAACAUGGCAAGUCCUAAAGAGAGUUAUACAGAGAACACAAUCCAGGUUGCUAUUCAGAGUUUACGUUUGUUCAGUAGCUUCGCAGUUCUUGAUUUGCCAGCUUUUCAGUCUAUUGUAGGUGCUGAGGGACUUUCCCUUGCAUUCCGUCAUAUUAUCAGCUCUUUGCUGUGGUACUGUUCUCAGCAUACCUGUGAAGAACUGCUACAUGAAGUCAUUGUUUGUGUUGGGUAUUUUACAGUCAACCAUCCGGAUAAUCAGGUAAUUGUACAAUCUGGCCGUCACCCCACAGUGCUGCAGAAACUAUGCCAGUUGCCUUUCCAGUAUUUCAGUGAUCCUCGCCUAAUCAAAGUGCUCUUUCCUACGCUAAUAGCUGCUUGUUACAAUAACCCUCAGAACAAGAUCAUUCUGGAGCAGGAGAUGAGUUGUGUUUUACUUGCCACAUUCAUUCAGGAUUUCACACAGAGUUCAGGCCAAACAGAUAACCAGUCUUCUCAACAAAGGGCAGAAAAAUUCUUCACUUCCCAAGAUUAUCUUAAGCUGUCUAACAGAUUCCCUUGCCAGGCCUGGGAAGAAGCACGACAGUUCUUCUUGAAAAAAGAGAAAAAAUAAGUGUUUCGUUUUGUUUCGAUUUUUAAAACAUCUAACAUGUUAAUGUUAAGCAAUUUGUGCUAACUACAUACUUUAAGAAACUGUUUUGGAAACUUCUAGAUACUCUAAAUACUUAUGUUGUAGAUAUAUAUAAUUUGCACUAUUUAUGUCUUAAGUACUGUAGAUACUUUAACGCUCUGUUUUUUAAUUUUGAAAAUUGUUUAUUUCAUUUACAUACUAUGUCAUGGUUUUGGUAGGUUCUACCCUAUGAUGUGUAUUUCUUGCACUGUAAAACUGCUGAAAUUAGGUUACAAAUAGAGAAAAUGUUAUCUUCUAUGUAUCUUGUAAUAAAAUAACUUAUUCUGUU